CUUCCUGACACCUCCCCCCCUCCUCCCCCUUCCUUUCGCUCGUUCUUCUCCCCCACCGAUACGCCAUAUCCAUCCGUGCCGUGAGGUGGCUCGCUCCCCUCCCUGAGUUGUUGUUACUGCUCCACGACGGCUCGCGCGCAUCGGCCACAGCCACAGCCACAGCCACCACCGAGCUCGCGAAAGAUCCCCGCGCGCUGCUGGGGCCUGGGGGGUGGGUUUGUCCUUACAUGGCCAGGCCGGGGGGUAGGAGCGGAAGCCCUCGCUCUCCCUCUCCUCCGGAUUGCCGCCGUUGCGUUGCUGCUGCUCACUUGUUGGAGCGCUGCUGCUCGAGGGAGGCGGAUCGUUGGUGGUAGAGGAGGAGGGGAGGGGGUGGGGGUGAUGGAUCGCCAGCAGAGGCAGCAGGGGUCCAGGGGCAUUGCUACGCGGGGUGGCGGUGCGGGGUCGGGGAAGGGGGGUGGGGGUGGGGGUAAGGGGGGAGGCGGGAGGGCAGCGGCGGCGGCGGCGGGGAAGAAGCCGAUCAAGGUGGUGUACAUCUCCAACCCGAUGAGGGUGAAGACCAGCGCCGCGGGGUUCCGCGCCCUCGUGCAGGAGCUCACCGGCCGGAACGCCGACCCUUCCAAGUACAGCCCCCGCGGGGCCGAGGACGGCGCGGAACCCCGCGCGGACCCUGGAGGCGCCGCGGCGCGCGAGGAGGCCGGGGUCGACGCCGCGGCCGCGUCGUGGUCGUCGUCGCCCGACACCGCCGCUGCCCUCGUGGAGGCGGGACACCCGGCGGCGGCGACGUUCGACGAAGGCGACGGCGACGGCGUCGACGUCGGCGACGGGGGUGGCUACGGCUACGACGGCAACGACGACGACGACGAUGACGACGUCUUCAGGUCCCAGCUUCUGGACAGCACCUACUCGGUGUUCUCGCCGCCGACGCUGCUCUACGACAACCCGCACAGCAAGGUGUAGUGAUCCCCCCCGAUUUCGCCAGCCAUGAGGAAGACAACCUCCUCGCAGUGUAUUGCAUGAAAUUGCAUGUGCUACCUUCAUUAUUGUGCCGCUCAAUCCCUUCUGCUUCAUCCAUCCAUCCUCCUAGCCUAGCUCAUCGUACUUCGUCUUGUCGCAUACCACAUGCCUGAAAUGAAACCCCAAAAGAAAUGCAAGCUGCCUGUGUGUGUAUGGUACUGUGGACGCCUGCGCCCACACACCUGGGGAUGAAUUUAUUUGGUGUUUUUGUUGUUCUUAUUUUUUUCCCCCUCUCUUCUAUUGAUAUCAACGGCUGAUCUGGUUGUCACA